AUGGGCCUUCUCAGCCUUCUCAGACGUCUCAGGAAGUCGGGCGGCGAGGCUCGCAUCCUGAUCCUCGGCCUGGACAACGCAGGGAAGACCACUAUCCUCCGCAAGCUGAGCGACGAGGACAUCACCACCACCACACCGACACAGGGCUUCAACAUCAAGAGCAUCCUCCACAACGGGUUCAAGCUCAACGUGUGGGACAUCGGAGGGCAGAAGACCAUCCGACCGUACUGGCGCAACUACUACGAAAACACCGAGGCGCUCAUCUACGUCGUGGACGCCGCGGACCGCAAGCGCGUGGACGAGGCCGGGUACGAGCUUAACGAGAUCCUCGGUGAGGACAAGCUCGCGACAGUGCCCUUGCUGGUGUUUGCGAACAAGAGCGAUUUGCUGCAGGCGCAGAGCGCGGACGACAUCGCGGAGUCGCUCAGCUUGUUCAACAUCAAGGAUAGACCGUGGCAGAUCCAGGCGUGCAGCGCGAAGGACGGCACCGGGUUGGAGGAGGGGCUGAGGUGGGUCGUAAAGCAGGUCAAGUAG